AUGAUCUAUGAGACCGGUGUAGCUUGGAAUGCAGAAGCUGAUUUGUGCAGGGCUGAAGGUCUUAAACGCAGCAAGAAGGACAAGAAGUUGAGAGUGUGCCUGCUGAAAUUUCCUUUAAAGUGGUAUAGGAAAGUAAAUAUAUUAACAGAUGGAGACAUACUGUUCCGGAAAUCUACAUCAUUUAGUCAGGAAUAUAUGUUUUGCUAUCAUGGAGACAACACUUUACAAUUUAAGAAUAUUUACGUAAACUACACUUUGUGUUCUGAUAAACAGGUUAACUUCACGUGUAUCACAAAGGACUGGAUUGAAAAUUAUAAAAUGAAGUUGGUGAAAGGCAGUGAUUAUUGUUCUGCGGAUAUGGUCCCCCUGAAGAGUCGUCCAACGGUUACAUCAACAACAGCGACAACAACAUCGACGAGAACGCAGUCGACUAAUACACAAUCUUCAACUUUAACAUCGCUAAUAACGUCACUAGCGCCCUCAUUUUCCAUUUCUUUCUCCUCUUCCGACUCCUCUUCAGUCUUUAAUUCUUCUUCUUAUUUAUCGUUCACCUCUUCCUCCUUCGCUUCUUUUUCCUCCCCUUCCUCCUCCACCGACUCCAUCGUUUCCUCCUCUUCUUCCUCCUCUUCUUCAACUUCCUACUCCAACCCCACCUCAGUCUCUUCUGCCUCUCAAUCAUCCGUCUCCUCAUCACCUCCGUCUACAUCAUCUUCCUCCACCUCCACCUCUUCUCCAUUGUCUGUGCCACCCUCUACUUCCUCCUACUCAUUCUCCUCCUCUUUCUCCUACCCCUCAUCAUUAUGGUCAUCGUGGUCGACACUGUCAUCGUCUUACGACGACGCAGUUACACAAGAAGGAACAUCUUCGGUAGAAGCUGACCCAGUUGUUACCUCGAAGGUUACAGAAGCGGGAGGAACGUCAAAUGCUGAAGGCCGUCCAAUUACCACAGUCCCAACAACCCCGAAUUUAUGCUGGUGUCGCUGUUCACAGACACCGAGGAAUUUGACCCAAGAGGAACUAGAGAUGAAGUUACACCAAAUCUCUUCAGAGUUGUCCAUUCCGCGUAAAAACACAUCCAAGUACAUACGUUCAAAAAUCAGUAUGGAAGACAAAAGAGCAUCUUCUUUCUAUAUGGGCUCCGCCUUGGUGCUUAUCAUCACCAUUCCUUUUGGCUUGAUCAUUCUCAUGGAUCUAUUCCCAUUGUUUAAAUGGGCAUAUGGUUACCUAAUUUGAUAAAAGAAACCCUAACAAAAUACUCAUUUUAUUAUUUUCUGUCUUCAAAUUUUCAUUGAAAAUAUAAUUUCAACGAUCUUUUCUUUUGUUAUUAUUUUACGGUGGUUGUUUCACACUAUUUUAUCACAGAAUGCUAAGUUGCUUAAGCCUCUCCACUUACACAAAUUUUCACAGAUGUGCAAAUUAAUGUCACAUGCUAACUGCUCCAGGUGUACAGCUGUGCUACAUCUGCUGUUCUUGACGGAAAUUAUUUUUCUUUUAACGAGGCCAAUUUGAAAGACCAGCUCACACUCUUAUUCAAUGCGACGAUGGCUACUUUUGUUAGCCACUUGUGUGAGCAACUCAGACUAUGAAGUCGAAUGUGUUGGAAGGAAGGAAAACAGUGUCAAUAAUUGCCGGUCUCCUGGUUGUAUGCACAGGUCUCAACUGAUUUUCCCCAAGCUUGCACUAUGUGGUGCCUUAUCGAUUUGUCCCACAAAAGCACAUUCUAUGGUACCCUGUCUAUUCCUCCCAAACAUACACUGUAUUGUAGCGUAGCGAGUCAAUUUAAGCAUACAUUAUUUGGCACCUUACUGAUUUGCCCCGAAUACCCACAAUAUGGUAUUAUACCGAUUCACUCCAGACACUAAAUUAAUGUAGAAAACACUUUUAUGGGAUAAAAAUUCGAUUUUUUGAAUUUUGAAAUUUUCAAUGUA